AUGCAUGCCCAUGCUAAACCUUCACUUCAUGGGAACUAUCGUAGCUCUAUAAGAAAGGGCGUAGAGGGUAGUGUACCUGCCUCCUGCGCCAGAGGUCGACCGGCGGCUAGUGGGUGUGAACUCAGUGAAAUGGAACACGACAACUCCCCUCUGCAAUUGGUACGCGACUUGCUAUGGACUCUAUUGCUGGUCAACUAUGAAAUCCUUCGCGCCAUCUUCAGGUUCUUCGUGCCAGUGGAGCCCAAGGACGUUAAUGGCGAGGUCAUACUGAUCACGGGCACUGGGCACGGAAUGGGCCGUGAGAUGGCGCUGCGGUUUGGUCGGCUAGGGGCGAAGGUGGUCUGCGUGGAUGUCAACCCAAAAAGCAACGAGGAGACCCACAAUAUGAUACUGUCACACAAGGGAAAAGCCUACAAAUAUGUGUGUGACGUAACGGAUCGCGCGGCUGUCAUGCAGCUGGCUGAGAGAGUCCGCAAAGAGGUGGGGGAGGUGGACAUCAUAGUGAACAACGCGGGCAUCAUGCCCUGCAAGCCAGUGCUGCAGCAGACAGAGAAGGAGAUACGACUGAUGAUGGACAUCAACGUCAACGCUAAUAUUUGGUUCAUCCAGGCAUUCCUCCCAGCUAUGAUUGAGCGUAACCACGGCCACAUUGUGGCCAUGUCUUCGAUGGCCGGUCUGAUGGGAAUCCGAAACUUAGUUCCGUACUGCGGCUCUAAGUACGCAGUACGAGGUAUUAUGGAGGCACUGGCCGUCGAACUACGAGGGGACCCCAGGGAUACCAGCGGAAUUAACUUAACAACCGUCUGUCCGUACAUGGUGAACACAGGAUUGUGCAAAAGGCCACGCGUGCGGUUCCAGAAAAUCAUGAGUGUUGUGGAAACGGAAGAAGCAGCCGACAUCAUCGUGGACGCGGUGCUCAGGAACGUUAUUGAGAUAACGGUUCCGACGAGGCUUCAUUAUAUGAAUCGGUACGUUUACCGGAUGGUCCCGUUCCAGGCUGCCGCUGCCCUCAAUGACUUCUGCGACGCCGGCGUGGACGCUCACGAC